AUGGGCAACGAAAACAACGGAGCGAGGAUUUCCCUAUUGACUGAUCGCAUAAAACAACUCAAAGAACAAUAUACUAUUACUGAGCCCGUACAGUAUUUCAAUCAGUCUCUUGAGCUGCGAAGGGAGAUAUUGGCAUUAACUCAGCCUGAGGAUCAUCAAAACAAAGCACUUCAAUUGCAUCUACUCAGCAAUGAACUCAGCGACCGAUUUGCCGAGACGGACGAUCUCGAUGAUAUGGAAGAAGCCAUAGAGCUCGCCAUUCAGGCGUUGGAUCUUACACCAGAAAGCGAUCCGCGGAGGAUUGUAUUCCUCAGAAGACUAGAGUUCCUAUUCGAAGAAAAGUACGAGGAGACGGAAGACGUCGCUGACCUCGAUGAGGCCAUUCGCUACCAAAGACUCUCAGUCGACGCCACAGACCCUAAUAACAGUUUGCAGAGGGCAGCCAGGUUGACUGCUCUGGGCGCGAAGCUCGACAAGAGGGCAGAGGUAACUGGGGAUAUUUCAGACUUGAACAAGAGCAUCGAGGUCUUUAGAAAGGUCCUCGAAGUAAGGCCUGGAAACGAAGACGCGCUAAAGAAUCUGAUCCAAACUCUCUACAACCGAUACAAAAUGAACGGGGAGCUGCAGAAUUUGAAGGAAUGCGCUGAGUUGCAUCAGCAGAUCACUGAUGCGUCAGCUACAGACAGAGACAAAGUGGAUUGGAUGAUAACAAGGGCCAACCAUCUGUGUAUUUUACAUGAGAGAACUGAAGAUGAAGCCUAUCUGGAAAAGGCAUUUGCGGUUGUAGGUGAGGCACUCGCCUUGGUUCCCGAAAGGUGCUGGAAGUCCAGAUGGCUUCAUUGCUUAGGGAGAUUGUUUGGCUGUCAAUAUCUGAAGACAGAAGGGCUAGCCGAUCUUGAAGAAGCUAUUCGGCUGGAGAGGUUGGCACUUGAACUGAUGCCGAACGGUGACAAUGAAGGUUGGAUCUUGACAAAUCUGGGGAACCGUCUUGGUGAUAGGUAUCUGAGAACAGAUGAUGUUGCCGAUAUCGACGAAGCUAUUGACUGCGCUAGAAAGUCGUUGGAUCUGGAGCCUGAGAAUCCUGAGCGACUCUACAACCUGGCAAUUAAACUGGGAGAUCGGUUCUCAGGAACGGAAGAUCUGGGCGAUGUCGAUGAGGCUAUCGAACUUGAGAGAAAAGCCAUACAAAUGAUGCCACUCGAUCACCCAGAGAGAGCGGACUAUUUGUAUAUCCUUGGUGACCAGUUGGGGGAUCGGUAUGAGUAUACAGGAGAUCUUGAUGAUUUAGAAGAGGCCAUCCGAAACGCCGAGGAAGCUUUGGGACUGCUGUCGCAAGACCAUGCUGUCAGGGCAGCGUGGUUAAACGGCCUUGCUACCUGUCACUUAAACCUCUAUACCACGACCGGAGACGAACAGGAUUUGGAAAGCUCUAUCAAGCAUUACGAACUAGCUCUUUACCAUGAGGCUUCGGCGCCGGAGGACCGUAUCACUGCUGGACAAGCCAUACUCUCCAACUCGUCAGACAACCAGCAACUAUAUGAUACUGCAAAACUCGCAGUGAGCCUUAUUCCUAAGCUCGUAUCAUGGUCCCAUGAGAAUCACGACAGACAGUACGUACUCGGGAAAGUAGUCGGGCUAGCAUCCGAUGCAGCAGCAGCAGCAUUGCAAGCAGGCCAAUCGCCUAUGACAGCCUUGCAACUUCUUGAACAAGGUCGCGGUAUCAUUGGGGCAUCGCUCCAAGAUAUGCGAAGCGACGUGCAGGAUCUGGCGAGGCAGCAUCCUGGUCUAGCGGAAAGAUAUCGCACUUUGCAAAGCGAGUUGGACCGGCGCGCUGAGCAUGUUAAUUCGGCGGAUGCGCAGUCGCAAGCCUCGAUUAACAGAAGACAUGCCGCUGCUAAGGAGUUCACCGAGUUGGCUGCUGAGAUCCGCGAGUUACCGGGAUAUGAAGACUUCAUGCUUGCACAUAGUGAAGACGAGAUACAUAGAGUAUCAGAGCGUGGCCCUGUCGUGGUGAUCAACGUCAGCAGACUUCGUUGUGACGCUCUCCUCGUCUCAGAGAACCAGGUCAGUGCACUGGCGCUUCCAAGCAUAAGUCUCGAAGAACUAGAGCUUAAGAUAAAACCCUGGACCCUGGCAACGUCGAAAACACUCGAGUGGCUCUGGGAUACUAUCAUGAGCCCUAUACUCAACACACUAGGUUUUACUGAAUCCCCACCAAUGGAUAAAUGGCCUCAUGUGUGGUGGAUUCCAACUGGUCCUUUGGUUCAACUUCCUCUCCAUGCAGCAGGACACCAUGCACAACAAGGGUCUGAAGCAGUGCUCGACAGAGUUAUGUCGUCAUACGGGUCUUCUAUUCGCAACAUAAUUCGUGGCCGUCGAGACUCAUCCCAGUCGCCCACCUCUGAUCAAGCACUGCUUGUUGCGAUGGAGCAUACACCUGGUCAUGACACGCUUACCUUCGCCAACGAGGAAGUUGACCUGAUAGAUGGUAUGGCCCGCUCUAUGGACCUCAAGUCAAUCAUACCUUCCCGCACCAAGAAGGAGGUCAUGCGAUAUCUCCCAGAUUGCAAGAUCUUUCAUUUCGCAGGCCACGGCCUCUCACACACAGAAGACCCGUCUAAGAGCUGUUUGUUACUCGAAGACUGGGAACGAGACUCACUUCAGGUUUCUGACCUCCUAGAUAUGAAUCUUCGACAAAAGUCACCCUUCCUUGCAUACCUAUCGGCAUGUGGCACUGGCCAGAUCAAAAACGAGACGUCAUUCGAUGAGAACAUCAACCUCAUCAGUGCGUUUCAGAUUGCCGGGUUUAGGCAUGUCAUUGGUACGCUAUGGAACGUACAAGAUGAUCUCUCUGUUGAAAUGGCAAAGAUGACGUUUCAGGAGCUGCUCAACUGCGAUAUCUCGGAUGAAUCCAUCUGCCGGGGGCUACACAAGGCGACUUGUGAGUUGAGGAAAAAAUGGAUGGUGAAGCAUGAGACUCGCCACAGUGUGACAGCUACUACUGCUUCCAAUGGUAAUCCGAGUUCAGCUAGAGACGCAUCUUUGAUAGGAAGCAUGGAAAACAAUAUUGGCUCAGCCGAUUGGGCACCGUACAUACACUAUGGGGUGUAG